UUUGGACUUACUUGAGGCGAAAAUGGGCGGAUGUUCAGCACUUAACUGUACUAAUUCGGCGGAAAAAGGUCAUAAAAUGUAUCGUGUACCCUGGGAUCCUGCGCGGAAGAUGCAGUGGGCUGUCGCAAUUCGCCGCAAGAAGAAGAAUGGUGACUUGUGGAUACCGGGCGUCGGGGCUCGGAUAUGUUUCGCGCACUUCGUUGAAGGAUCCAGGAGCGACGAUCCAAAUCAUGUGGACUACGUGCCAUCCAUUUUCGAGUAUGACGAUGCAAGCCGCGCACGUUCAUACCGCAGGAUCCAGAGCCACAGGCGCCACGUCGCUGUAGAGAAGAAGCGUGCGACGGCGAGGGAACACGAAAACGAAGCCCCUGAAUACACUGCGAAUGAAAAUCUGCCAUCCGCAUCGGUUGUGUCGGAGGCUCAUGACUGCGGUGCAUACAAUGACUAUUUUGACUAUCAACUAAGCCCUACAACAUCGAAUAGCGGAACAGCGGAUGCAGGAACACAGACCUCAGAUUAUCAUGGCUUCUGCUCGAGCUGUAAUACACUUGCAAGUGAGUGUGAAAAACUAAAAGAAAGCCUUGAGGCGUCAAGAAAGCAGUGCCAGAAGCUAAGGGGUCGUCUUGCUGCUCAACAGAAUGUUGAGAAGAUGAGUGAGAAGAAAGUGGCCUUUUACACGGGACUCACAAAGACAACAUUUCUAGCGCUGCUGGCAGUUGUUGCAGCUGUUGUGCCAUGGAAGCGUAAGAAUCUGCCUUGUGGAAGCCAACUUCUGCUACUGUUGAUGCGACUGAGACUUGGGCUACAAGUUACAGACCUAGCCUACAGGUUCAACAUCUCCAUUGGUACUGCAAGCCGCAUCUUCAAACUCUGGCUGGGACCAGUGGCAUCUGUGUGCCGCACGCUCAUUGUGUUUCCCAAACCGGACGUUGCUAGAAGCUGGCUGACAGACAGGGAGAGUUCCCAUUUCCCAAAUUUGAAGGGAAUAAUUGACUGCAGUGAGGUACCCGUUUCCAGGCCUUACAACCUGUCGACGCAGCAACAAGUGUGGAGUAACUACAAACAAGACUCAACACUCAAGUUUUUGGUUUGUGUAAAUCCACACGGGUGUAUUACCUUCAUCUCCAAAGCAUUUGGUGGAAGGAUAUCUGAUAAAGAAAUCACAAUAGAAAGUGGCUUUCUGGAAUUGCUCCUGCCAGGGGACCAAAUUUUGGCUGACAGGGGGUUCUUGUUGCACGAAGAAUUCUUACUUCGCAACGUGCAACUCAUCACGCCUGCAUUCACAAAAGGAAGGACGCAGCUUCUACCAAGUGAGGUGGAAAGUUCCAGAAGGAUUUCGUCCUCACGCAUCAUUGUAGAAAGGGCCAUCGGACAUCUUAAGAAGUGGAAGGUGCUCUCAAACACUGUUCCAUAUACGAUGGUGCAACACUUCGACGACAUCCUUACCAUAAUCGCAGGACUGACGAACACUGCUCCUUCUCUUCUAAGUGAAUACGGGGUGCCAGCCACUGACACGGAAUGUCCGUAGGCACUGGUGUCUCCACCUUCUCCUUAUUCCACGCCUCAAGUACGAAACAUACUGCGGCUGCAUGACUGCAGCACUCUCCGAGCCUUUGGAAAAAUUGUAAUCGUCAAGCAAAAUCGAGCUACCUGGUGUAGGCACUUCUUACCAGUUCCUGUGCAAUGUACUUACUGUGUGGAAUUGUGCGUGGCUGUGAUAACAUUAUAAACUCAAAAUAUGAAAAUAUCACUAAAGUCACGUCUCAAACUAAAAGGGAAUGACUACAUCUAACAAAGCAAGUGUUGGGCUCGUUGGUGCAUAUUUAAUUUAAAAAUGAUUAAAUUAUUCGUCCUCGUCCUACCCAGCACUGUUUUUUUAUCUGUCUUAAAUUGAACGACCACAUGUGUAUGGUCCUCAGAGUGUGGAAGAUUGUUGUGUAAAAUAGUGCCUGUAUGCACAUGUGCAUUCAUGUGAGGAUUGAAUUAUUGAGGUUUUCUUUACAAAGAAUAUGAAUACACAAAUGCAAAACUACAUAUAUUGUAUAACUACGUUUUCCUAAUGGGAAUAAAUUCUUAUCCAUAUUCUUUACUACAGAGAACAAACAACAUAAUAAAGGAUGACUGCAGGGGGUCUGAUGCUUCCAGGCCACGUAGUCAUUCUUUAGAGGCGUUUUGAGAGCUGGGUAACGCAGGCAGCAGUUGUAGCCCUCCAGUAACUGCACAAUAUACAAGAUGUCCAGACUUAUUUAAUGUUGUGACAAGUUCACUUUGCUGUGACCACAUAAGGGAAGUACCUACCCUGCCAUGCAUGUACAGGUGGCAUCCCUUAUUUUGCCACAUGUUUCAAUCACCACCCAGCACACAUAGGGUGCUGAUGACCUUUGGGAGGGGCUUACGGUUCCUUUCAGUAUGAUGUACCCUGGCUCUGGCACAGACACCAGUAUGCUGUGCACUUUCCCUGUUUGUAGAGUGAACACAAAGUAUGAA